CCAGCCUGGCACCCAGCACCAAGCCGCUGGUGAUCUGAAGCUUUCAAAAUGUUUGCCAAAGCAACAAGGAAUUUUCUUAGAGAAGUUGAUGCUGGUGGCAACCUGAUUGCAGUAUCAAAUUUGAAUGACUCUGAUAAGUUACAACUUCUAAGUCUGGUGAUCAAAAAGAAGAGGUUCUGGUGCUGGCAGAGACCCAAGUACCAGUUUUUAUCCAUCACCCUUGGAGAUGUACUCACAGAAGACCAGUUUCUGAGUCCAGUGGUUGUGGAGUCGGACUUUGUGAAGUACGAGGGCAAGUUCGCCAACCACGUAAGCGGGACCAUCGAGACGGCCCUGGGCAAGAUCAAGCUGCAUGCCGGAGGCAGCGGCCUCGUUGAGAGCCAGUCCUCCUUCGGAACCCUGAGGAAGCAGGAGGUGGACCUGCAGCAGCUACUCACAGACUCCACUGAGAGAACAAUAAAUCUGAAAAACCCCGUGCUCCAGCAGGUGCUGGAGAGGAGGAACGAGGUCCUGUGCAUCCUGACCCAGAAGAUCACGACGAUGCAGAAGUGUGUGAUCUCGGAACACGUUCAGAUUGAGGAGAAGUGUGGCGGCAUGGUAGGGAUCCAGACCAAGACGGUGCAGGUAUCUGCGACAGAAGAUGGGAAUGUCACCAAGGACACCAACGUGGUGCUGGAGAUCCCAGCUGCCACCACCAUCGCCUAUGGCGUCAUCGAGUUGUAUGUGAAGUUGGAUGGCCAGUUUGAAUUCUGCCUUCUCCAAGGGAAGAAUGGUGGCUUCGAACAUGAGAAGAGACUUGACUCUGUCUACCUGGACCCCAUGGCCUUACGAGAUUUUGUGUUCGUGGACAUGCCAGAUGCCGGGCAAGGGACAUCCUCCCAGGAUGCGCCGCUGCGUGUUUUAAAGCAAGCGUCCUUGCUCUUGGAGAGGAACUUCCACCCCUUCGUGGAGCUGCCAGAGCAGCAGCAGACAGCUUUGAGCGACAUCCUCCAGGCGGCCCUGUUUGAUGAUGAAUUACUCAUGGCCCUGGAACUAGUGUGUGAUGACAUGGUCAGCGGCCUGUUAUCCCCAUCGGCGGUGCUUGGGGAGCUGAGGCCCCAGCAGCAGCAGGACCUCACAGCCUUCCUGCAGCUGGUGGGCUGCAGGGUUCAUGGUGGGUGUCCGGGCCCCGAGGAUGCUGUCAGCAACCAGAAGCUCUUUGCCACAGCCUACUUCUUGGUCAGUGCCCUAGCAGAAAUGCCAGAUAAUGCGGCAGCUCUGUUGGGCACUUGCUGUAAACUCCAGAUUAUUCCCGUGCUGUGUCAUUUGCUUCAUGCUCUGACUGAUGAUGGAGUAUCUGAUCUUGAAGACCCAACCUUGGCUCCCCUGAAAGACACCGAAAGGUUUGGGAUCGUGCAGCGCUUGUUUGCUUCAGCCGACAUUAGCCUGGAGAGACUGAAGUCCUCUGUGAAAGCUGUCAUCCUGAAGGACCCUAACGUCUUUCCGCUAAUUCUUUAUAUAACCCUGAAUGGACUCUGUGCUUUAGGCAGGGAACAUUAGUGAUGUUCAGAAUUGUAAAGAUACUACUUUGGGGUUUAGGUCAAAUGCAUGUCAAGAGUUGAUUGAUGAGUUGACAAAACAGUUUAAGAAGUGGUGACCUUUUGCGCUAGGAAUGGCCUCAGUUUCAGCUCACCAGGUACUCUUUAGAUGGUUUCUUUCUCAGCAGAGGCCCUCCUGUACUGGUGACCCAGUGUCCAAGUGAGAUCCCAGCACCUACAGAGCUGAGGAGGGUUGCGAGUUCUUAGUGUGGAUUCAGACCUUUUUUCUGCAGAAUAAUGGGUCCCUCUGUCACUUUCUUACAUUUUCCACUUUCUUUGUUUUAUGGAAACAGAGUCUGAUACUUUAAUCCAAAAACUCUUUUUAAAUUGUGAACGCUGUGGGAAGGCAAUAUCACUUCACAAAAGAGGCUACAUUUUGGAUGUGCUAUAUGUUAUUUGGUAAUUGAAAGUGAAUUGCAAAUGCCACUAGAGUAUAUAUAUUUCUCUGCUAGAAAAGAAUUAUACUUAAAAAAAAAAACAAACCGAAUAUCGACCUACCCCUGCUUAGGGGUCUGGCUAGAUAAAUUUUAUUUGCCUUUGCCAUGCUUUGAUGAACAUACCAAUUCUACGUCUGGAAUGUGUUGAUUUCCUGUGCAUUCUGGGUACUUCAUUUGUAGAAUACUACAUAUUCUAUCAAAGGAAGCUUUGAACUGUGUAUAUUUUACUUUUUAUCAUAUUUUGAUGUCCUACAAAUGGCUUGGACUGUCUCCCUAGUGUCCUGACAGGACCUGUUGCUGUCCACUGGGGACCUGGUCUGAGUGGGGUGAGGGGUGGCAGUUGCUGGAGAGACACAUAGUACUCAGCACCUCUUCUUUUUAUCUCAACAUCCUCCACUUAUUUCCUUUCUUGCUCUCAGAUUUUAAUGAAUGUUAACAAGGAAUAAAUAAAGCAAAUAACUAUUUCAUCCCCUCUAAUAAAAAUGAGACUUAACCUUAUGGAAACGCUUAUAUGUGCAGGAAAAAGGAUACAAAGUGACCCACUCUGGUGACAACUAUGCAAAAAUAAGCACCUUGUACAUACACUGGAAAUAUGCCAACGUGAAAAUUGUGCCAUGACACUAUAUGUGCCUUUUUGUGUGGUUUUCUGAAAUAAACAUAAAGAAACCACAAA